AUGGUAUCGUCUUUUCGAGCAAAAUCAAAGAAACCUCCAACAAUUCUUAGUUGCAAAUUGACAACUGUAGUUAACACAACACAGUGUAAAGCGUGUUUCCGUAGUGCUUUUGGUGAUUGUCUGGCUCAAGAGGCAGAUAAUUGUACGAACCCGACAACUGACAGCUGUUUCUCGGCUACUGGCUGUUACAUGUUUAACAACAGCUCUAAAGCAAUUCUGAGCUUUGUUGCCCGAGGAUGCAUUGCCUGCCCAAGUGAGAAGCUUUUCUUAUUGAUUGAAAUAUCCGUUGACAGACUAUUGUUUAUUUUUUCCUUCAGUAUAAGCGAGUUCAAUUUUAAAGUCCGGUUUGAAACUGAAACGAACUGGACCUUACGGGAUUAUUAUAACAUAAUGUGCUUUCAAAGUCAGGGUCAGUAG